CCUCCCCCGCCUCCGCCUCCCCCGCCGCCGCCGCCCUCGAGGCCCCCGUUGAUGCCGCACAGCUCGCCCAGCAGCAGCAGCGCCGCCCCCGACAUGGACAAGAACAGCGGGCCCCCCAGCUCCUCGUCAGCCUCUGGGGGCUGCAGCAGCAAAGGACAGCAGCCGCCCCGCGCAGCCUCGGCGGGGCCUGCCGGCGAGUCUAAACCCAAGAGCGAUGGAAAGAAUGCAAGCACAUCCAAACGUUAUAACCGUAAACGUGAAACUUCCUAUCCCAAGAAUGAAAACUUUACCAACCAGUCCCGUCGCUCCAACUCACAGAAAAGCAAAACUUUUAACAAGAUGCCCCCUCAGAGGGGCGGCGGCAGCAGCAAACUCUUUAGCUCUUCUUCUAAUGGUGGAAGACGAGAUGAGGUAGCAGAGGCUCGACGGGCAGAGUUCAGCCCUGCCCAGUUCUCUGGUCCUAAGAAGAUAAAUCUAAACCACUUACUGAACUUCACUUUUGAGCCCCGUGGCCAGGCGGGCCACGUGGAAGGCAGCAGCCACGGCAGCUGGGGGAAGAGGAACAGAUGGGGACAAAAGCCUUUUAACAAGGAGCUCUUCUUGCAGGCCAACUGCCAGUUUGUUGUGUCCGAAGACCAAGACUACACAGUGCAUUUUGCUGACCCUGACACCUUGGUCAACUGGGACUUUGUGGAACAAGUGCGCAUCUGUAGUCAUGAGGUGCCGUCCUGCCUAUGCCUUUACCCACCAACUGCAGCCAAGAUCACACGCUGCGGGCACAUUUUCUGCUGGGCGUGCAUACUGCACUCUUCAUUGAGCGAGAAGACCUGGAGUAAAUGUCCCAUCUGCUACAGUUCCGUUCACAAGAAGGAUCUCAAGAGUGUUGUUGCUACAGAGUCACGCCAAUACGUUGUUGGCGAUACCAUCACCAUGCAGCUCAUGAGAAGGGAGAAGGGUGUGUUAGUGGCUUUGCCCAAAUCCAAAUGGAUGAAUGUAGAUCAGCCUAUUCACCUUGGAGAUGACCAGCACAGCCAAUACUCUAAACUCCUGCUGGCCUCCAAGGAGCAGGUGCUACAGAGAGUGAUUCUAGAAGAGAAGGCUGCCCUGGAGCAGCAGCUGGCAGAGGAGAAGCACUCUCCUGAGGCGUGCUUUGUGGAGGCCGCCCUCCAGGAGCUCAAGGCUCGAGAGGAAGCUUUAUCAGGAUUGGAUGCAGCCAGAAGUGGCCAGGUCACUGAUGUUGUGACAGCUGUAGAAGAGUUGGUCCUGAUAGCGGCCCCCUUGGACAAAGAGCCACUGCUCCAGCCUAGACCCCAGUGUAUACUGGAGUAUCUGUCUGCUUUUGAUGAAGAAAUUGUGGACCCUUGCCCUAGAGGAUCUCCUUCUCUUCCUCUUCCUUCUCCCCACCUGGUGGAAGAGGAGGAGGCAGGGACUGAGCUGGAGCCUGGGGUGGUAACAGAGGUAUAUGACUCGGAGACACUGGAUGGAAAUGGUAUAGAAGGGACCACAUGCAGCAAAAUCAGCCAGCAGGAGCCCAAGGCCACCCUUGGUGCCAGAUCCUUGGGCAGCUCUCCUUGUUACUACUUCUAUCAAGCGGAGGAUGGCCAGUACAUGUUUCUGCAUCCUGUGAAUGUGCGCUGCCUGGUGCGGGAGUACGGGAGCCUGGAGCAGAGCCCCGAGAAGAUCACAGCCACAGUGGUGGAGAUCGCUGGCUACUCUAUAUCGGAGGAUGUUCGGCAGCGGCAUCGUUACCUCUGCCAUUUGCCUCUCACCUGUGAAUUCAGCAUCUGUGAACUGGCUCUGCAGCCGCCUGUUGUUUCCAAGGAAACUCUGGAAAUGUUUUCAGAUGACAUUGAGAAGAGGCGUCGGCUACGGCAGAAAAAGGCUCGGGAGGAGAGACGGAGGGAGCGUCGCAUUGAGAUGGAAGAAAACAAGAAGCAGGGCAGGUAUCCUGAAGUCCACAUCGCUCUAGAGAACCUCCAGCAGUUUCCUGCCUUCAAUGCCUGCUCUCCUGAUCCUUCUUUGGUUCUCGCCAGCGCUGAGGACCAUGGUUCCUUCUCACAGUCUCCUCUUAGCAGAAGCCCAGGGUCCCAUGCAGACUCCACAUUGGCUUCUUUGUCACCCACUGAUGGUCAGGGCAACCCUUCAUUCUGCGUGGGGAGCCUGGAAGAAGAGUCUCCCUUUCCUUCCUUUGCCCAGAUGCUGAGGGUUGGAAAAGCAAAGGCAGAUAUGUGGCCCAAACCUGCUUCCAAAAAAGAUGAGAACACUCUAGCUCCUCCUGCCUCUGUGGACAGUGACGGGGAAAGUGACAACUCAGACCGUGUACCUGUGCCCAGCUUCCAGAAUUCCUUCAGCCAAGCGAUUGAAGCAGCCUUCCUGAAACUGGACACACCGGCCUCCUCGAACCUCCUCUCUGAAGAGAAGGGAGGAAAGAAAAGGAAGAAACAGAAGAAGAAGCUGUUGUUCAGCACCUCAGUGGUCCACACCAAGUGACGCUCCGCCCCCAAGUCCUCUCCAGCUGCUGGUUUCUUUUUUCCUUUGCUUUGUUUUGCUGCUAUAGUUUUUAAGGACUUGAGUUUGCACAGAUUAGCUCUGUGGGGGGGGGGGAGGAAGGGUUUCCACAGAUCAAGGGGGAAACCAAAGGAGCUAAUUUAAAUACAUUGUUAUUUUCCAGCUUCCAAUAUUCACACCAGAAUAAAGUAUUGCCACUCACAUAAAUGAA